AUGACGGCUCUUGCAUACGAACGAUGGGUUCUUUCGUUCGAGGAGGAUGAGAGGAGGUUCUGGGUUCUAAAAAGGUUCUGUGGGAAGGUUCUUAGAGAGGUGGAGCUACGUUCAAAAACGUUCUGUGGGAAAGUUGUUAGAGAGGAGGUUCUGGGUUCUAAAAGGUUCCUAGAGAGCAGGUUCUGGGUUCUAAAAAGGUUCUGUGGGAAGGUUCUCACGGACUCGAUGCAAGAGGAUGCUAUGCCAAAAGACGUGCCAAUAAGGGGGGAAAAAAAUCCCAAGAAAAGGUACUUAGAGGCUAGAGAUUCUCAGAAGAUGGUGGCAUCAGAGGAAGAGGUUUCCGAGAGGGUUCUUGCGGGAGGAACAGAACUUCUUCAUCGGUAUACAGGUUAUAAAACUAUAAUGCCUCAUAUUACAGUUAUCUUUUUUUACUUCCAAUUUUUCCCUGGUGUGGUCUAUCCACGAAGCUCCCAGGUUUUCCUUAACUCGCGCCUCACUCCGUUCGAGUACGCAGUGCUGCUGACCAUCAUCGCCAACUGCGUGGUGCUGGCCAUGGAGGAGCACCUUCCUGACGGCGACAAGACACCUCUGGCGCAAGACUUGGAGAAGACGGAGCCCUACUUCCUCUUCAUCUUCUGCGUGGAGGCAUCCCUCAAGAUCAUCGCCCUGGGCUUUGUUCUCCACCCAAAAUCUUACUUGAGGAACAUAUGGAACAUGAUGGACUUCGUGGUUGUGGUGACGGGGUUCAUCACGUUAUUUGGGCAGGACGCCAUAGAAGUAGACUUAAGAACACUGAGAGCUAUCCGGGUUCUAAGGCCAUUAAAACUAGUAUCAGGCAUACCGAGCCUGCAGGUCGUCCUCAAGUCCAUCAUCAAGGCAAUGGCCCCAUUGCUACAGAUCGGGUUGCUCGUCCUGUUCGCCAUUGUUAUAUUCGCCAUCAUAGGCCUUGAAUUCUACUCGGGUGCUCUCCAUAAAACCUGCUACAGUUUAGAAGACUUAGGUCAAAUAGUGACAGAAGGAGAGAUGCCAACGCCAUGUAACACAGACAAUGUAUCCUUUGCUCCAUCGGGUUCCUUUGUGUGUAAUUAUAACAUCUCCACCUGUUUGGAGCUCUGGGAUGGUCCCAAUUACGGCAUCACGUCCUUUGACAACAUCGGCUUCGCCAUGUUAACGGUGUUCCAGUGCAUCACACAAGAGGGAUGGACGUCCAUACUGUAUUGGACAAAUGAUGCGCUUGGUAGCAAUUUCAACUUUCUGUACUUUGUGCCCCUUAUCGUGUUGGGGUCCUUUUUCAUGCUCAACCUAGUCCUUGGUGUGUUGUCUGGUGAGUUUGCUAAGGAGAGAGAGAGAGUAGAGAAUAGACAAGAGUUUUUAAAGCUUAGACGGCAGCAGCAAUUAGAGAGAGAGUUGAAUGGAUAUGUCGAGUGGAUAUGUAAAGCAGGGUUCCGAUCGGAGACCCCGCCCUCUCUCCUGCUGCAGCUCCCUCCGCCUGGUCUGCCCGUGGAUGUUGCGGCCAUGUGCCCCCGAAGAAGAGCGGCAGCCAAGAAGAAAAAAUUGAGACAUCUUGGGAAAAGCAAAAGCACGGACACAGAAGAUGAGGAAAAUGAGGCCGAGGAUGAGGAUGGUUUGUCGAGAGCUUCCUACUUAAAAAACAAAGUGAAGAAACAAGGUGCCUGUCAGAAUUUUUGGAAAGCAGAAAAAAGAUUAAGAUUUGGCAUCAGACGAACCGUAAAACAGCAGUGGUUCUACUGGUUCGUCAUCAUCCUGGUGUUCCUCAAUACAGCUUGUGUGGCUGCCGAACACUACGGCCAACCCGACUGGCUCACUAAAUUUUUGUACUAUGCAGAAUUUAUAUUUCUAGGUCUAUUCAUAACUGAAAUGUUUGUAAAAAUGUACGCCUUGGGGGCAAGAAUAUACUUCGAGUCUUCGUUCAACCGAUUCGAUAUCUUCUUGAUUCGGUCAAUCUUUGAGGUCGUUUGGUCGUCCUUCAAGUCCGGCUCCUUCGGGCUGUCGGUGCUUCGCGCCCUGCGUCUCCUGAGGAUCUUCAAAGUUACAAAGUACUGGGCCUCCCUCCGUAACCUGGUCAUCUCCCUGCUGAGUUCCAUGAGGUCUAUCAUCUCUCUGUUGUUCCUGCUCUUCUUGUUCAUCCUCAUCUUCGCCCUCCUCGGCAUGCAGCUGUUCGGUGGGUCCUUCAACUUCCCCGAAGGAACUCCGCUCGCCAACUUCAACACUUUCGCCAUAGCUCUCCUAACCGUGUUCCAGAUUCUCACGGGUGAGGACUGGAACGAGGUCAUGUACAAUGGUAUCGCCUCACAGGGUGGUAUUAAGUCCGGCAUGAUCUACAGCCUUUAUUUCAUCAUCUUGGUGAUCUUCGGUAACUACACUCUCCUAAAUGUGUUCUUGGCUAUCGCCGUCGAUAACUUGGCAAACGCGCAGGAACUCACGGCGGCUGAGGAGGAGCAGGAGGAAGAAGAUAAGGAGGUCUGUGUUGAUGAAAAGGAAUGUGGUAUUCUUUUUCCCGACUACUCUGUAGAAGCUCUUAGUCCUCUGGCGUGGCUGGGCGAGUGGACGAGGCGGGAGGGACCGAGUAUAAUGCUAGAGCUGCACACGAUAUCUGCUUCCAGUGGAGAACUUUUGUUAGACUUGACCAUUAAGCAACUUCAAUUAUUCGGUGUCUUCCCCUUGGGCGCGUUUGAUGGUUCAGAGUCCCUUGGAAUGACAACAACAGGGAUCCAGUACAUCUUUUCCCUUAAUGUUGUUGAGUGCCCCUUGGCGUGGAAGCGACCCAGAAAAGGGUAUUCUCAGCCGGUGACUGCCAGGCUGCUAGAAUACCCAGAAAAGGGUAUUCUCAGUUGCCGUUGUCCAAAGCCCGAGGAUGCACUGCCGUCUGCUAGAAUACUUAGAAUAAGUGGUAAUUCCUGCAGCGCAGUGCCUCGGCCGAUGACGGGGACUGCUGUGAGGUUGCGGAAUACCCGAAAAGGGUUAUCUCAGCGUGGGUCUGCGGCACGGCUUGCUCUAGACAAUAUUCUGGACCGGAACCGUCCUCUCGGGUCGGAUUGGUGCUUAGAAAGUCGCCACUCUUUCCCCCUACACAAAGAAGGCAGCAACGCCCGAGACCUUGGAAAGAAGGAGCGUGGAGGCGCUCUCGCAGAACAGCGCGGAAACGGGCGCCGCAAGGUGACACAGAACGCGUCAGAAGCAGGGGAUCAAAAAGGACAAACGAAGACAGACACCAACAGGAAGCAAAAGAAGGACAGAGUUACAGCUUGGUGUCCGUUGAAGUCCUAUUAUCCUUUCUUUACACAAUGUCCUUACCGUAUUGUUAACGCGAAUGUAACUACAUCCAUGAUGGUACUUUUUUUGAGAGCGGCUCAGAGAAGGGGGAAUAUUGAUCGUACCGCAAGUAUAGGAAUAGGCGUGACGCACAGUAAGCGAGACGGCGGUAAAGAUGACAAGGAAGCGGAGAGCGAGAACCAGGAGGAAGACAUGGGAGGACCCAAGCCUAUGUUACCAUACUCUUCCAUGUUCAUCCUCUCACCCACCAACCCGUGCCACUGCAGAAAAGACCUGUCCACGAAAGCUGCCACAUCCCUCUGCACACUGACCCCGCCAAAGGAUCCCCACCCGUCACUAUUCAGACCUGCAGAGACCCCCAAGGAAAAGACGCCCCCCCCCCUACACCUCUGGACGCGAACCCCGCAGAGGGACGCCACCCUAGCACUGCCAGUGACGCGCCAAACUCCAACUGAAGCGCCCCCCUCCACACUUCGGACAGCCUUGACAAACAAGGCUCCAAGAAUAGCCCAACCAUGUGAAAACUCUAGACUCAUGCAACGACUCCUAAAGAACACAAGUAACCGCAGCUCACGAAAGGCGCUCACCGAAACCUCUCACACGAGACGGAUCCCAGCAAGAGACCGCCCUCCCUCCUCAGCUCUGUGCUCCAGCAGGAGACCCUCGCGACGAAAUCCUUGGGUCGUUGAUUUAGGUGUUGUUUUACACCCCGGGGCGUAUUUUAGAGACCUAUGGAAUGUCUUAGAUGCUCUUGUGGUUUUGUGCGCUCUCAUAGCCUUUGCUUUCCUAAAUUCAUUUAUGUCUUGGUCACACCUCGCGCCGCCACAAUGCACACACACACACUGCACGGCGCCCACAGCUUCUGGUGGCACUGCCAUAAGUUCCUCACAGGUCACGAGGUCACACAGCGGCGGGAACAGGGUCAGGGUCAGGGAUCACACGCUCAUGUAUUCUCUCCCUCUGCAGACCCUCCCUGCAACUGAAGAGCAUGACAAGGUACUAUAUGAGAGGUUUGGGUUCACAAAAUUUGCAUAUACAGACUGUAGAAAGUCGGACUUGAGAAACGCCGGGAGAUCAAGUCCUAACAAAAUACCAAACCUCUCUUGGACAAGUAAAAAGUCCAUGCCGACUCCUGUUUUAAAGAGCCGCUUCCACCACCCAACCACAGCAGAUCUAGCACCAGCGACAAGUGCAACACAACAGCAACAGUCAUACAAUAGCGACAACCACAGCGGCGAACAGGUGGUUCUGAGACUGUAUUCCCACACUAGACACUUAGACACUUACCUCCAUCCGCUCGCCGAACAGGAGGAGGAGGAGGAGGCGAGAUGUGCACACGCUGAGGAUGCUCACAUUGAUAUGACCGUCUCACGCGGCACUAAGAUGAUAUACUUUACACAGACAAAGCAUGCUCGUGUCUGCCUUAGUUGUUUACUAACUGGAGUAUGUGUGUUGGUGUGUGUGUGCAGGGGAAGCAGCACAGGCCAGAACCUGAGCACCAUCAAGUCACUCCGAGUGCUGCGUGUGCUGAGGCCCCUCAAGACCAUCAAGCGGGUACCCAAGCUGAAGGCGGUGUUUGACUGCGUCGUCAACUCCCUCAAGAAUGUGUUCAAUAUUCUCAUAGUGUACAUACUGUUCCAAUUCAUCUUCGCUGUUAUUGCUGUACAACUGUUCAAUGGAAAGUUUUUCUACUGCACCGACGAGAGUGUACAUACAAGAGAUGAAUGUCAGGGAGAAUACUUCGUCUUCGAGGGGUACGACCGGCCGCCUGAAGUGAGGCCGAGGAAGUGGAAUCAGCAGAGCUUUCACUACGACAACGUGAUGGCCGCUAUGUUGACCCUCUUCGCAGUCCAGACAGGCGAGGGUUGGCCUCAAGUCCUCCAGAACUCCAUGGCGGCGACAUACGAAGACCACGGACCACAACCUCAGGUCGCCGUUGAAAUGUCUCUCUUCUACAUUGUGUAUUUCAUCGUGUUUCCAUUCUUCUUCGUGAACAUCUUCGUUGCUUUGAUCAUUAUUACGUUCCAAGAGCAAGGAGAGGCCGAGCUUCAAGACGGAGAGCUCGACAAGAACCAGAAAUCGUGCAUAGACUUUGCUAUUCAGGCGAAGCCCCUGGAGCGGUACAUGCCAAAGGACCGAUCUAGUGUAAAGUACAAGAUAUGGAGAGUCGUCGUGUCAACCCCUUUUGAAUAUUUUAUCAUGUUACUGAUCGUGUUCAAUACACUGCUCCUCAUGAUGAAGUUUCAUAAUCAGUCCAAAUUGUACAAAGAAACUCUGCACAACAUGAACACAAUCUUCACCUCGUUCUUUACCAUUGAAUGUUUACUCAAGAUUGCCGCAUUUGGAGUCAGGAAUUUUUUCAAGGACCCGUGGCAUACCUUCGACUUCAUCACGGUCAUCGGCUCCAUCAUCGACGCACUCGUGGUGGAAUUCGGGGAAAACUUCAUCAAUGUUGGGUUUCUGAGACUAUUUCGAGCUGCCCGGCUUAUAAAGCUUCUUCGGCAAGGAUAUACCAUUCGUAUUCUACUAUGGACAUUCGUACAGUCCUUCAAAGCGCUGCCAUAUGUUUGUCUACUCAUUGCAAUGUUAUUCUUCAUCUAUGCUAUUAUCGGCAUGCAGGUCUUUGGUAAUAUAGAUUUGGAUCCCACUACGUCUAUAACACGGCACAACAACUUUAGAAAUUUUGCAGAGGGCAUAAUGCUUCUGUUCAGAUGCGCCACCGGUGAGGCGUGGCAGAGCAUCAUGUUGUCCUGCAUUAAGGGGCGCCCCUGUGACCCCGACGCCCUCAAGAACAACUCCAUGAAGACUUGCGGCUCCAACGUCGCCUACAUGUACUUCGUGACCUUCAUCUUCCUCUGCUCUUUCUUGAUGUUAAACUUGUUCGUUGCUGUCAUCAUGGACAACUUCGACUACCUGACCAGAGACUCUUCCAUCUUGGGCGCCCAUCACCUGGACGAAUACAUCAGAAUAUGGGCGGAAUAUGAUCCAAACGCCAGCGUGAGUAGAUUGGGAAGAAUACACUACACAGAAAUGUACGACAUGCUAAGAAACAUGGACCCACCGUUAGGCUUCGGCAACAAGUGUCCAUAUCGAUUGGCUUAUAAGAAACUCAUACGGAUGAACAUGCCGCUGGAUGAUGAGGGGAAGGUCCACUUCACCACCACACUCUUCGCCCUCAUCCGCGAGAACCUGUGUAUCAAGAUGAGACCAGCGGAGGAGAUGGACCAGGCGGACAUGGAGCUCAGGGCCACCAUCAAGAAACUGUGGCCCCUCCAAGCCAAGAAGAAUCUGGACUUCAUCGUGCCUCCGGAUGAUGAACUCAAAUACGAGAAACUCACAGUGGGUAAAAUCUACGGUGCCCUCCUCAUCCUGGAGAACUGGCGCACGACUCGCUUCGGCCAAAUCCAACCAACGGGAGGCCUGUUUAAGACUUUAGGAGAGAAAACGGAGGAAACUUUUGAAACUGAGGAUACAGGGGAAACUGAGGAGCAGGAAACCGAAUCAUAUACCAGUAGCUUAAUAUGGUACUGGGACUUGUGUACCAGUAGCUUAAUGUUUGAAUCUUCUCCAAUUCACGGCUCUGUUAAGAAUUUGGAGCAUUCAAGGUUGAUGGUGUAUCUCCAAGUGAUUCUUGCAAGAAUGUUGGCACGUGAGACAAAAUUACAAUGUUACGUGUUGCCAGUUCUGAGUACGCAGGUUCCGACAGGCCAACUUCUAGAGGCUCGCAUGCCAGUCGCCCGCCCCCACAAGCCCAGUUUGUUUGCGCGGCUGAUGGGCAUAGCAGCGCCCGCCGCGCCCCCCAAGACCAACGAGUCCCGCAUCAGCCUCUCCCGCUCCAUCGACGAGCAACACGAGCCUAUGGACUCCCAGGGGCAGCCGAGUCGCCAGGGCAGCCUCUCGCAGUCCAACUCACCACCUUCGCCCGGACUUUUGAUUUGGGGUUCUCAUGGUUCGUUCAUCCUGGGCGAUGGACGUGUGUUCAAAGACAUCGUAACCGUAGAUCAAGUGGGGAAAAGUCUGGUGGGUGAAGGUGGUGGUUGUGUGGACCUCCUCAUAGACAAUGUACUUGGUAGUGACAAAGGGUCGGUUAAGUCCCUGACGUUGUUAGGUGGAGGCGGUGGUGAGCCCCCAACCCGUGGUAGUGACCAGGAGGGGUCGAGUGUUGGCAGCUGCCAGUGGGGUUCCGAGCGUGGUGGCGACGUGGUUAUGGGGAGGCAGCCGUGUUAUCCGCAGGGAGAGGAGAGUGGUACGAGAACACUCACUGGGCUCGGGGUCUCAGCAUCUAAGCCAGGUGUAGAGUUUACCUGCGAUAAGGGUCACUGUCGGGCAUCUACGUGCAGGUGUGUAGUUCACGUCUCCAAAAGAUUAUUUAGCGUCUCAUUUAUCUGCGUCAGGUGUGUAUUUGCAUCGACAUACGAGAAUACAGCGUCUCGGCAUCUACGGCAGGUGGGGCUGGAGCUGGCCGAGGUAGUGCAAGCGGCGUCCCGACGGGGCUCCCUGGCCUCGGACGACGGAGGGAGGCACCUGCGGCCGGAUGAGUACCCCGUCAGUCGGUACCGCUCGCGCUCGCCGUCGCCCUCGCGUGGCUUCCAGUCGCCCACGCCCCCGCACAGACGGCUAAGAUCUCCGACGCCCAACAGGAGGAGCCCGUCGCCCCGAAGGCCAGGCCAGCCUCACGACGUAGGCUUCAGCGACGCCGUCAGCGACUUGGUGGACAUCGUCAAGUACGACCACGGCCACAAGCGAGGCAAAAUGCACGACGACUUCGGCAUGAUGUCUCCGGUGCGGGGUCGGAGCCCCAGCCGCCGCCGCGAGCCGUUCCCGGCCCGGCCCUGGGGCGUGAGGGACAUCCGCUCCGAGUCCAACAGUCCGGACCGCCACUACAUCCCGACGCGGCUGGACGCGCGCUCGCGCAGCCCGUCGCCGCACUCGGGGCUGGCCGGCGCAGCAGCGCGUCGCGGCCGCACGCUGGAGUACUACGGCACGGCCUCGCUGGACCGGCGCUCGCGCAGCCCGUCGCCGCACCGGCGGGCGGGCUCCAGCUACCCGACCAUACCGCAGCGGCGGGGCGGCGGCCGUCGGCUGCCCGCCACGCCCAACAAACCCUCUACACUCCACCUGGGCCCCCAGCCCCAGGGCGCGGGCCACGCGGGACCCAGCCACCACACUCUCCCAGGGGCGAAAUCCCCCACUAGAUCUCAACCCAUUAAUUUCCCCAAGCUGAACGCCUCGCCUACGCAUGUGCCCAAGUUAGAAAUGCCUCCGGUGUUCCGCGAGCGAAGGACUCCACCAGUGACAGAGGGGAGCGCUCGCCCCCGAGGGCCCCCGCAAGGGAUCAUUCCCCAAGGUGCACUCCGGCGGCCGCCCAUGGCGCCCAUUAGAGACCAAUACCCGUAUGAGCGGCGGCCAGAAGAGCCCCUUAGUUUCGAGCAGGCGGCUGCGUACGCGCGCGGCCCCCGGCGUCAGCUGCCCUCACCAGCAGUGCCUAACGGGUACAAGCCAGGGCGGGACCGCGCAGUGACGCGGCUGCCCGCCCCUGGGGUUGGGGGGGAGGGGCGGGGCCCCAGCGGAAGGGGGCCCAGGGGGAGCGACAUAGUGACAGUGAUGAGGACGACUGGUGCUAGUGGAUCCCACAGGGCGGCGUAG